AGACGCGGAGCUGGGAAAAGGGAGGCAGAAGAGGCGGAGGCAGAGCCUGAGCAGGAGCCUGAGCCCGAGCCCGGCGCCCGAGCCGAGCGCACACCCGCGCGGCCGGGCCACGCAGAGCCGGCCCGGCGAGCCCUCCCGAGACCCGCGCCCGGCAGGAGAGGCCGCGAGCCCUCGCCCGCACCCCCGCCAGCCGGACCCCGCACUGGCCCGCGGGUCAGGGGCCCGAGAGCAGACCCCAAGUCAGGCUUCGCUCCGCCUCCGACGAGGGCUAGUCCUUUGGAAGGCGCCUUCGGCAGGAGCAGGAGGGCCACCAUGACCGAGAACUCCACGUCCACUCCCGCGGCCAAACCCAAGCGGGCCAAGGCCUCCAAGAAGUCCACAGACCACCCCAAGUAUUCAGACAUGAUCGUGGCUGCCAUCCAGGCCGAGAAGAACCGCGCCGGCUCCUCUCGCCAGUCGAUCCAGAAGUACAUCAAGAGUCACUACAAGGUGGGGGAGAACGCCGACUCCCAGAUCAAGUUGUCCAUCAAGCGCCUGGUGACCACCGGCGUCCUCAAGCAAACCAAAGGGGUGGGUGCCUCGGGGUCCUUCCGUCUGGCCAAGAGCGACGAGCCCAAGAGGUCCGUGGCCUUCAAGAAGACCAAGAAAGAAGUCAAGAAGGUGGCCACGCCAAAGAAGGCAACCAAGCCCAAGAAGGCUGCCACCAAAGCCCCCAGCAAGAAGCCCAAAGCCCCCCCAGCCAAGAAGGCCAAGAAGAAGCCGCCUGCCACGCCCAGGAAAGCCAAAACCCCCAAGGUCGUCAAAGCCAAGCCCGUGAAGGCGACCAAGCCCAAGAAGGCCAAACCAGUGAAGCCCAAAGCCAAGUCCAGUGCCAAGAGAGCCGGCAAGAAGAAGUGACAGCCAAGGCUUCUCUGUGGACACUCCUUCCUCUCUGUUUUCUGUAAAUAUUCUCCUCCUUUUCUCUCUCGAUCCUCCUCUGCAACCCUUUGCCCCAUUCUAUUCUGACUUUAUGAGAUGGAAUUUGGAUUCCUCAAAAAUUGUGGGACAGUCCCCUUUUCCUUAACAGUGGUACAAGGACAGCAGCGACAGACCUGGGCUGUGUGGUGCCGGGAUGUGCUUGCACAUUGUGUUCUGUGGAUUCGCUAGUCUCUGGGGUCRGGGGUCUGGGUGGUUUGUUUGCUAUGAAGGUAGGUGCGGGAGGCAGUUUGUUCUGGCUGGACAAGAGGGAGCCCCGGAACUGGGGCGCUGGGGGAGUGUCUUGAAGUUGGGCGCCCCUUGUGAGAGUCUCAGAGCCUUUUCGGGGAGGAAAGCGGUGACAGCCACCAGUGGCAAAGGAGAGAGGUGGACCUCCCGGUGGUGAGCAGUGGCCAGUUCCUCCUCACUUUUGUUAAUCUGCCCUAGUGGCCUCUAUUGUCUUAGGGAAGGGGAAGGGGUCCAGGUGACAGCUGGUUGGGAGAAGCCAAUGCUUCUCCCACUCAGCUGGAAACUAGGCAUCGGAGGGUCUUUGUGGCUUGGCAAAGUCCCCUGUUAAGUGGGAGUGGAAACUUUUGGGGAAGGGAGGGUCGUCAGUCAGCCAAGUGCCUCAGUGUGCCCUGCUAACUUGGGUUUUUCCAUACAACUGAUGGAUGUGCCCUAGGAGGACUGUUUUGUGGUCCCUCCUGUGUAAGACGUGGCUCUACUAGGUCUCCCUAGCCACUUGAGGAAACCUCCCGACCGACCUCUUUUUACUUGUGAAUCUUUUAUAAGUAGCUGUAGACGGGGAGGGGGAGGGGCGGGGAGUGGCCGUCAGACUUGCAGUCGGUUUUGGCUUUGCCGAGUAGCGUUAGCAGCUGGGUCUGUGCAUGUGUCUGUGUCCGCCUGUCCAGGGCUCGUGCUCACGUUUCGCACCGGGAG